AUGUCUGACCAUGAAGAUCUUUUGAAACUUCUCAAUGGCCAUGGACAGGAUUUUUUGAAAUCUUUCUCCUUGCCUUCCUCGAAGGAGUUCACGAAGAAACGAAAACGAACACCCGAAGUUGAACCUGAAGAUUCAGAUGAAUACGAAGAGUGGUCAGGAAUAGGUGGUCAGUCGGAUAGGGACCAAGACUCUACAGAUGAAGAAGGAGAAGAUUCGUUUGAACAGGAAGACGAUGAUUUUACUGCAGAGAGUUCCUCCUUCUCCCCAAAUGUAGUUGUAUUCUCGGAGGCCAGCACUUCGAAACUUAAGGACAGCGACUACGUGGUAAAGUCCCAGAAGAAAGCUUUCAUGUCGUCCAAAAUAUCUAAACUGAAGGAUGAAGUUAGAGGUGAAAUAAAGAAAUCAGAAGAGGAGGAGGAGGAAGACAGGACCAAUGCCCAGAAUGAUGCCCUUCUUCACCGUCUCGUUCACACGAAACUACUAUCUGGGUCCCUAAAUCCGGACCUUGAUAUGAAACCUGCUCAACGCAAAAAGGCACUUGCAGGACGUAUCUUGGAGCUAAACGGCGAUGCAAAGUUAGGCCGAGGUGAGAAAUCUGUUCGGCAGGCCGAACGAAACAAGGCAUCAAAGCGUAUACGUGCGGGUCUAUUGGAGAAGGAAAAACAGCGACAGAAGGCGCAGCUUGAAGAGGCAUGCUUCGAUUCUUUAUUUCAGCAUCGAAUUCCCACUGAUCUUUAUUCAGGCUAA